AGUAGGAGGCAGCUUGCGCUCGCUUCGUGUCGUUGCUAAUCAGGCGUUUCGCCUAGUUGCCGGCUAACGUGCUACGACCGCGAACUAUUACUGCAUCGACAAAAAUGACGAUUUUCGCACCGAACUAACGUUGCGUGUUCAAAUUAUAAACACGAACAUUUAUAAACUUUUUGUUGUUAUUUUAAAAUAUUAUUAAACUUAAGCCAAAAUGGUUAGCGGCAAUAAAGAUCCGAGUGAUCUUAAAAAAGUGCCACCAAAGAACCGUGAGAAGAAGACCAAUAACUACAUGAGAGCUAAUUGGUUUUCAAAGACAUGGUUCGUCUGGAUGAUGCCCACUUUCUGGAGGGGCUACAAGCGGGACCUCUACGAUUCGGACCUUACCAAACCCAAAGAGAGCCACCUCUCCGACAAACUUGGCGAUCGGCUGGAAAAAAAAUGGCUGGAAGAAAUUGCACUGGCGAGCAAGCAGGGCCGUAAACCAUCUUUACUUCGCGCAAUGACCAAGGCUUUCUGGAUGAGUUACGCUCCUUCUGGCAUUAUGUUCCUGAUACAAGCACUCGUACUCAAGCCGUUCCAACCGGUUGCGUUGAGCUUGAUGCUUACGUACUGGGAGCCAGGCUCGACCAUGUCCUACGAGCAAGCAGUGUACUGCGCGACAGCUGUUAUUAUGAUGUCACUGCUCAUCGCUUUCCUCAACCAUCAUGGCACGUACUCCACGCAACAGUUCGGCAUGAAAGUUCGCAUCGCCGCCUGCUCACUUAUUUAUAGAAAGGUAAUGCGGAUGAGUUCCGGUGCGCUAGCGCAGACUACAGCGGGACAAGUGGUCAAUCUCCUCUCGAACGACGUGAACCGUUUCGACUAUGCCUUCAUCUACACCCACUUCAUCUGGAUUCUGCCACUCCAAGUUGUCGUGGUGUGCUACCUCAUAUAUUUGAAGAUCGGCUACGCAGCAAUCGUAGGAGUUAUCGGCAUUGUGUUGCAGACCAUACCGGUACAGUCUUACAUGAGUAAAUUGGCGGCAAGGCUGCGAAUGAGGACCGCGUGCAAAACUGACGAGCGCGUGCGAAUUAUGGACGAGAUUAUUAGUGGCAUGCAGGUGAUUAAGAUGUACGCCUGGGAGAAACCUUUUGAGCAGGUAGUAGCUUUGGCUCGCAAGAACGAAAUCAAGUGUAUUACAUCAGCGUCAUACCUCCGAGGAGUGUACCUCAGCUUCAUGGUGUUCACGGAGAGGCUCACCCUGUAUAUCACACUGCUCUCCUACUCGCUGUUCGGGUUCCAAGUUACCGCCGAUAUUGUGUUCCCACUGGCGCAAUUCUUCAACACUCUACAAGGAACUCUAUCGAUAAUCAUGUCGAAUGCCGUGUCAUUUUUGGCAGAGGCGUUAAUAUCAGUGCAGCGCCUCGAGGCGUUUAUGUUAUUCGAUGAGCGGGAGGACCUUCGCAGCGUUCCGGACGUAGACAUCGCUAAACUAGUACAAAUGGUUGAGAACAAGAAGAAGAACCAUAAUCUUAGCGAGGUAGAUCUACGUCCCAACACGUUCAAGAAAAUCGACGAGGAAGGCAUCUAUAAUCCAGGAUUUGAGUGCAGCGAAAAAGGACUGAUGAGCUCGACUCUGUGUCCGAUGCCAGUGAACCCAGACGUUGGAAUAUUGAUCCAGAAUGUGAGCGCCAGCUGGACAGACGACGGGCCCAUCAGUCUGAACCAGCUCAACAUUACAGUACCUAAAGGAAAGCUCUGCGCCAUCAUAGGAUCUGUAGGAUCUGGAAAGAGUUCAGUUCUUCAAUUGCUGCUGAACGAACUGCGAUCGACUAAUGGAAGAAUCUAUCUCUCGGGACCCGUUUCCUACGCAAGUCAGGAGCCCUGGCUAUUCGUAGCCACUGUCCGACAAAAUAUCCUGUUUGGUCUACCGUACAACUCCAAAAAGUAUAAAGAAGUAGUAAGGGUCUGCGCCCUCCAGAAAGAUUUCCAACAAUUUCCUCAUGGUGACCAGACGCUCGUGGGAGAAAGAGGAGCCUCGCUAUCUGGUGGGCAAAGGGCACGUAUCAACCUGGCCAGAGCAGUCUAUAGACAAGCGGACGUGUACCUGCUGGAUGACCCGCUGUCGGCCGUGGAUGCACACGUGGGGCGGCAGCUGUUCGACGAGUGCAUCAGCGGGUACCUGCGGCACUCCACGCGCGUGCUCGUCACGCACCAGCUGCACUACCUCAAGGCCGCCGAUUACAUCGUCAUCAUGAACAACGGUUCUGUAGAAGCUAAAGGAACAUACGAUGAGUUGGUAAACACAGGCAAAGACUUCGCAAAAUUACUUUCAUCCAGUCACGAUGAAAAUGAAGACCUGAAAGAUGUAGAAAAACCGCCGCCGAUGUCUAGACGAACGUCUGCUAGGUUAUCAACGACACGGCGUCCUUCGCUGUGCGAGUCAACAGGCGGGUGUGAGGUGGCGCAGGAGAUGGAGGAAGAGGAACGGGAGUCAGGGUCGAUGGGCUGGAGGGUGUAUGGUGCAUACCUGCGAGCUGGUGGCCGCGCCCCACCACUCAUCUUCAUGAUAGUACUGCUAGUCGUUGGGCAACUGUCCGCCACGCUCUGUGACUACUGGGUCACAUUCUGGACAAACGAAGUCACCACACUAAAGGAAGCUGCUAAUAACAGAACAACCAAGGACUACCGUGUGGAUCGGUCGCCUCCACUUGAUAAUGGCACCUUCAAUUUAUCCAGCUACUUCUCUGGGGUUAAUAUCAAGCCAGACUUAGACAUACACGCAUAUAUAGGACCUCUGGAUACUGCUCAGUAUUUGUACGUGUACUCCGCAUUGAUUGUUUGCUGCAUAUUCUUCAUCACAGCGCGUGCUUUCAUGUUCUUCAAGGUGUGCAUGACCGCGUCCCGCAACCUGCAUAAUGAUAUGUUCCAUUCUAUGCUCAGAGGAGUGAUGAGGUUCUUCGAUACUAACUCCUCCGGCCGAAUCCUAAACAGGUUCUCCAAAGACAUCGGUGCACUCGACGAAUUGUUACCACGUUUCCUUCUUGAAUGUAUCCAGAUUUACCUGGUGAUGUUCAGUAUCCUAGCCCUCAAUGCAGCUGCACUAAUUUGGACUCUAUUGCCUACAACUAUCAUCCUUCUACUAUUCUACACUAUCCUUCAAAUUUAUCUGAAGUCUGCCCAGGGUAUUAAAAGAUUGGAAGGCACGACUCGUAGUCCAGUAUUUUCACAUAUGUCUGCUACCCUUAAUGGCAUUUGCACAAUUCGGUCGGCUGGAGCGGAACAAAGAUUGAUUAAGGAAUUUGAUAGAUUUCAGGACAUUCACACUUCGACGUGGAGCAGCUACCUGGCGAGCGGCGUAACGCUUGGUUUCUGGCUGGACUUCAUCUGUGUCAUAUACCUCACCAUAGUCAUCGUCGCCUUCCUCGUCAUCGACAGCAAAACAAUAUUCUCGGGCAACGUGGGUCUGGCGAUAUCGCAGACGUUGAUUCUAACGGGGAUGCUUCAAUUCGGAGUGAGGCAGACCGCAGAGGUCAUCUCACAGAUGACCAGUGUAGAAAGAAUAUUGCAGUAUACGCACAUCGAACGAGAACCCAAGUGGGACAAAGGAGAACGUGAAACGCCGAAAGGCUGGCCUACGCGUGGCCGAAUUCAAUUCAAGAGCUGUUACAUGAAAUAUACUCCCGAAGACUUGCCAGUGCUUAAGAAUCUCAAUUUAGUCAUAGAAAGUGGAUGGAAGGUGGGCAUUGUAGGAAGGACUGGAGCCGGCAAAUCAUCGUUGAUCUCUUCUCUGUUCCGCCUCGCCAUCGUUGAAGGAGAAGUGCUUAUUGAUGAUGUGGACACUUCUUAUUUGGCUCUACAGGAGCUGCGAUCCAAGAUAUCAAUUAUACCUCAAGAGCCGGUACUUUUCUCAGCAACUGUCCGGUACAAUUUGGACCCAUUCAACAACUACGAUGACGACCAACUAUGGCAGGCGUUAGAAGCUGUGGACUUGAAGGCUGCAGUACCGUCACUAGACUUCAAGGUGUCAGAGGGAGGGUCGAACUUUUCAUUGGGGCAACGGCAGCUUGUAUGCCUCGCGCGCGCUAUUCUGCGCGCCAACCGCAUCCUCGUGCUAGACGAGGCAACCGCUAACGUCGAUCCUAAGACGGAUGAAUUUAUCCAAAGAACAAUUAGGACGCGGUUUGCAGACUGCACCGUGCUAACGGUAGCUCACCGACUGAACACCAUCAUGGACUCGGACAGAGUCAUGGUGAUGGACUCUGGGCGACUAGUCGAGUUCGAUCAUCCGUACCUCCUCCUAAACAACCCCGAGGGACACUUCACCAAAAUGGUCAAAGAAACCAGUGAAAAAAUGUCAGCACAACUUUACCAGAUAGCAAAGGACACAUACCUUAAUAAUGGUGGAGUUAUUUAACAGUGCCUUUCUCAAUAAGUUAAAUAAGUUAUUUGAUUAAGUACCUACUUUUAAUUGCCAUCUUGUUGGAAUAAUGUUUUAGAAGAUAAUUUUGCAACAGUUAACUAUACCUUAUAGUGCCGUGAUGGACAAGUGAAAAAUCACACGUUUAUUUUUAAUAUCCCGCCUCCGCAGAAAUGUGUCGUGAAACCUCGUCGAAAUAGUGUUGUAAUAUCAUUCAGUACGCGUUACUUAGUUUUUCUUAGUAAUAUAGGUACAAUGUACGCGAAACUUCUAACUGUAAAUAAGUUGACAUACCUACAGACAGAUGAUGUUAUAUCCUCAUCAGGUACAAUAAAAAUGACUACAUACUUUUGAACCUCAUAAAAUUCACAGUCCACUUCAGUCCAGUGAUGUACCUUUAUGGAUAAAUACAUAGGUAUGCAAUGAUAUUAUAAGUAAAAUGGUGAAGAUUGGUUACAUAUGCGUGCCUGUCUUCAGAACGGGUCCACUUAAACUGGUGUGGUUCUUUCAUCAAAAGACCACUACAGAAUGAACUUGCACGGUUCUCUCACAUUAUGUUAUUUUUACAUUGUCUGGACUUGAAAAGAGACUGACCUCUGAGUUUGUUUCGGCAUUUCUUCUCAGAGUAGUCAGAUAGGAAAUGCCGGCUUCAUCUAGUUUUUUACAUAUAAAUUGACGUGUAAAAGUGCCGUUUUAUGGCCUAUUUGCAAAAAUAAAUUCAUUGUUUCAUUGUUUCAUAAACAAAAUUUUCAAAAACGGCACUCUAAUGCACUCAAGAAUAAAGCGUAUGAUACACGUUAAAGUGGGAUGGCAUGAUUCAAUUAAUCGCGAGUGAAAAAGAGACAAAUAUGAAAAAGUGUGGCUAGUUAGCCACAUUUCAAUAUAUCGCUUACUGAGCGCUUGUAAGCUAUCUACACCUUUUUACUUUUAAUAUCAUUGUAGGUAUGUUAUAUUUUUAAUGAGUAUCUUCCUAUUGUCAACUUAUAGUAGGUAGGUAUCUAAGUGUCCUAAUUAAAGUAGAAUUCUAUAAAUGCGUUGUUCAGGAGUGUGAGAAUAGGUAGUAUUAAGUACCAAGUGCUGGAAAACUGUGUUAUUUAUUUUACUAUGAAAUUGUAUCAUAACAAUCAUUUUCUAUUAACAUAACAUGAAAAAUGCCAUAGAGGUUACCC